AUGACUCGCCGCUGGGAUGUACGCCCUUCCGCAUGCAGCGGAGGAGGCUCACCAGGAGUCUCCUUGGAGCUUCCACUCCACACGCCGCGGUCUGUGGGAGCCUCGUUGGAGUGUAGUAGUGCUACUGACAGCGCAGGUGUGCGAUACAGCCAUGCUUACACUCUACGCGACUCGAAUAUGCGGACCAACGGAUUGUGCUUCUCCUCAGAUGGCUCCUUGUUGUUUGUAGCUAGCUGGGACUGUUCACUGCACAUACACGACCUCAGACGGGGUGUGUCUAUAAGGUCUUUGCACGCGCACAGACACGGCAUUGAGAGCGUCUACAUCUUGCCCAGCAGCAACCACCUCUGCCUGUGUCCCUCCAAGCUGCAGGGGCCCCCGCACCCGGCGAAGCAGAGCAAGCAGCCGUCCGGAGGGGGGCCCCCAACGGCAGGCAGACCAGCGGAUGCGGGGGGACGGCUGCAGCAUGCAGAGGUGGGCGGCGGGGGCCCACAGGGGCCCCCACUCCCCUUCAUUAAUCGAGGGGGAGGCCAUACGUACAAUCUGCGGCUGUGGGAUUUGAGAGAGAACCGAUAUGUGAAGGUCCUUCCGGUGUCUGCUCGGGUAAUCCCAGGGACCGGGGUGUCUGUACACCCCAAGAAAAGCACGUUUUUUUGCUGCACGGAUGACGGAUGGAUCAAGUAUUUCUGCACCGAGAAGGAGAUGUAUCUCUGGAAGAGGCAGGCGAACACGCGGAGGCCUCUCGCAACCAUCGAAGGCGAAGGGAACGUGGGGGCUCUCUACGAGGGAGAGGGGCUGGUCUCUUUAUGGGAUCUUAACCGCCUCACCGAACCCUUCCUUAGAUUCAAAAUCUCGCAGUAUCUCAUGCAGCAAAAGCCCAAGCAACAGCAAGAGACACCGACUUCUCUCUCCUUCUCGCCUGAUGGCGCCUGGCUGCUCAUAGGCACUGACAAGGGCCGUUUACUCGCACUCAGUGCCUUCACCGGGGAACUCGCAGCUGUAUGGGUACCUCCAAAGGGAUCCUCCACGGAAAACUCCUCCUUUUGGGGGCGAGAGCUCGACAAGGCGGGAGCUUUCCUCAUAGAGGCGUUCAUGGGAGACCUUAGCCAAAGAGACGAGCUCUCCCCUGGCAGCAGCGUGUCCACUGAAGGAUUCAUUCAUGCGGUAGACAUUCACUCAGACGUGCUGCUGUACGGCAACAGAGAUGGCUGGGUGUACGGGUACGACCUUACGCAAGCCCUAAAGGGUGCAGCAGCAUCCCAGGGUUACCAGAAGGGAUCCGCAGAGGGGGAGGAGCAUGCAAGGCGCUGCUCUACUUGCGGAGGCAGGCAAAGGAGAGGAUGUUCACCUUUUAUGGAAUAUUCGGGGGCUUCGUCCGCAGAUGCAAGGGCCAUGGAAUGCUGUUGCGAUAUAACGCAUAAGCACAGGGUUGCCCUGGGGCCCCACUGGGGGGCCCCUUUGUGGGUAGCGUGCAAUCCGAAACAUGAGGUAGUGGCUACUGCCGGCCUUAACUGUUCUGUGUGGAAAGCCUCGGUUAGAUGA